GGUCACUCUAAAUUAUGCUUUUAGUUUAAUUGGUAUUUGCAGCGUUGAGUUAAAUCGAAUUGGAAUAAUUUCACCCAGAAAUAAUUCGAAGCGCUCAAAGCCCAUGGAAAUCCCGGUCAACAGUAAAGUCAUGAACAAGGCAUCAACGUCCCGGAAAACGCCACUUGAGGAUGCAAAACUGUCGACUUCUGAUCAAGACCCAUCCGAUCCCCACGUCCUGGCGAACAAAGGAAGGGAAGAAGGCCAGGAAAAGUCCAUGCCCAUCGUGAAUCCAAGGAAGCCGAGGCUGAAAGAUGUGCUGAGCAUAUACGAAAAUGGGGGCAAACUGGGGGAAUUAGAGCGAUACUUGAACAUUAUAUACAAACCCUUCUACUGCUUGGCCCUGACCACGUGCAAAUUCCAUCUCAUGAAACUGCACCUAGCUUUGAAAAGUACGGCAUUCGAACCCAAUAAGCAUACGGCCUUGUACGUCUAUCGCUAUUCGCCGAUUCGCAGUAUAAAGAUCUAUCCCCAUGGCAACAUUUAUUGUCAGGCCUUUAGCAAGAGCAGCGCCCGCAGUGGCCUAACUCAUAUACUGCGAGAGCUGAUGUUUCUGGGCUAUGCGCCUCGUUUGCGACGGCUGAAGACGAAUGCGGUCAACGCCACCUUCAGUGUGCCUUUCAAUCUGAGUCUGAUGCAGUUCCACCUGGAAAAUCCGGUAGUGACCCGUUAUGACACCUCGAAGUUUCCGUUCCUGGUGUACAAGAUGAUGGAAACAACGGUCGAGAUAGCCAUCUUCCCCACGGGCUACGUAAUCGUGCUGUUCUCCACCUCCAUGGAAAUUACCAAGUUGGCUAUAGCCCACACCCUGCCCAUAUUGUACCGCUUCAAGGAUCCGAAUCAGGAUCAAUGCAAACUGAGCCUCAGCCGUGGCGAUAUCGACUAUAAACUGCUCUGGGAGAAUCAUUUCCAGAAGAACGGCGACAGGACCACCGAUUGGUAAAUCCCUUAAGAUCCAUUUGUCAUUUCAGCUCGUUUUAGGUUGUUCCCACAAUAAACUAUAUU